AUGUCUACAAAGAAGAAAAGUAGUGGCCGUCAAAGUAAUCUGUUUACGUUCUUUCAAAAAACGCCAAAAACUGAAAAAUCUGAUGAAAUAACACCAAUUAAUGGUGAUUCUGGCAAAGACAAAAUAAAUGAUGAGGCGAUUGAUGAUCUUGAAAAUAUUCCUGCUAAAAAAGAGAUUACAACACCUUCAAAUAAAAAUAGCCCUAAAAUUGCUAAUGGAACAAAUAAACCUAAAAUAACAACUACACCAUUAUCUGUUAAAAGAAAAUUAUCCAAAACUGAAGAAAAGCAAGAUGUUUCAAUUAUUUUAGACGAUGAUAGCAAUAGUGGAGAGAAUGUGGAGGGGUUUUUGAGUUGUGCUGGGUCUUCAUUUACCGAUUCUCCUGCCUCUCCACAAUUUUCCUUUAAACGUCGGCGUGCAAUAAUUUCUUCUGAUGAGGAAGAAGAUGAUGAUUUAAAUAAAUCUAAAAGUGAAAGAAAAAUUAGGAAAAAUGAAGAUAAAGUUGAUACUGAAGUUAAGAAGGAUUUAAAUGAUGUAAAGAGAGAAAAUGACAGUGAAAAGAUGAGCAUUUCUAAUGAAAAAAUGGAGCAAGAUGUUCCCAUUGUUGAUGACGAUAGCUGUCAAUUGAUUAGCCAAGAGAAAGAAAAUAAAUCUACAGGGAAGGCUCAUUCAUUUAUUGAAUUAUUUAGUUUUUCUAAUAACGAUGGGGAAGAGAUUAUCUCAGACCAACAACAAAAAAUUAAAUCAUCUUCCAAUGUCUUAAAAACCCCAAAAUCAGCCAAAGCUUCACACGAUGAAGAAAACAAAGACGGUGAAGAUCAUUUUCCCCAUUUGGAUUUUGAAUUUUUAAAAAAGCCAAGAGAUGCGCAAAAAAGGAAACCAACAGAUCCAGAAUAUGAUUCUCGAACACUUUUUGUUCCUCCAGAUUUUCUUAAACAACAAUCACCAGGUUUUAUUUUUCUGAUUCUUUCAUCUAUUAAUUCAGGUCAUCAACAAUGGUGGAAAUUGAAAUCUGCACAUUUCGACACUAUUCUAUUUUUUAAAGUUGGUAAAUUUUAUGAGCUUUAUCAUAUGGAUGCUGUUAUUGCUGUUGAAAAUUUGUCUUUGGUUUAUAUGAGGGGAAAAUAUGCUCAUUGUGGCUUUCCCGAAGCAUCCUAUGGUCGUUAUGCUGAACAACUUGUCAAUAAAGGUUAUAAAGUUGCUCGAAUAGAACAAACAGAAACACCAGAACAAUUAGCUGAAAGACAGAAAAAAUCAAAAAAUUCAACAAAUAAUUGUUCUUCGCCUCGAAUUGAAAGAGAAAAAGUUGUUAGACGUGAACUUUGUAGAUUAACAACUAUUGGAACGAAAACUUUUGGAAUAUUGGAUGGAAGUGAUUCUAGAGAUUCUAAUGAUGUUGCUGUAGAUCCAAGUCCAAAUUAUUUAUUGGCUUUGACAGAGAGGAAAUCAGAUAAUCGCUCAAAUGAUGGCUUCAGUCGAUUUGGUGUUUGUUUUGUCGAUUGUUCUGUUGGAAAAUUUUUUCUUGCUGAAUUUGAUGAUGAUCGUUUUCAGAGUAAUUUACGAACACUUUUCGCACAUAAUUUACCUGUACAGUUGAUAUAUGAGAAAGGAGCACUUUCUUCUGGUACUACAACUCUUUUGGAAACAAUGCUUUCUAGUGUCCCAAAAGAAAUUUUAUUUCCAAAGAGGCAAUUUCUGACAGCCGAGGAUACUUUGAAUUUGGUUAAUUUUUGCUGUCUUUCUGAAGAACUUUAUUUUGGCGCAAGUAUUGACCAAUGGCCGAAUACUUUUCGCUCCUUGUUGGAUGACUCUCCAAUCCCUAAACCUUCAAAGCAACACCAACUUUGUAUCUCUGCUUUUGGCGCCACUUUAUGGUAUUUACGUGAAUGUUUAAUUGAUGUAGAUACAAUUAGUAUGCGUCAAAUUGAGCUUUAUUCUCCACCUUCUCUUAAUUUUGAUGGCAAUAAUGUUAAUAUUUGUCCGAUGUCUUCGUCUGAAGCUUGGAAAGGAAAGCACACUAUUUUGGAUGGUUCUUCUUUGCUUAAUUUACACAUUUUACCAUCACUUUCAUCUAAUAAUAACACAAAUUCGAAUACAUCAUUUUCAUUAUUUAACACUCUUAAUCGAUGUUUAACCGCUUCUGGUAAACGUCUUCUUCGCCAAUGGAUAUCUACCCCAACUUGUGAUAAAGAAACCCUUUUGGGAAGACAAUCUUGUAUUAAAUGGUUGAUGGCAGAUGAGAGGCGACCACAUUUAGCAAAAUGGAUGGAAUUGUUAAAAAUACAUACAAUUGGUUCAAAACAUCGAGCAGAUACAAAACAUGGAGGUGGUGGUCAUCCUGAUUCUCGAGCACAAUUUUUUGAUAGUGACAAAUACAAUAAACGAAAAAUUCGUGAUCUUUUGGUUGUUUUGGAUGGAUUAGAGGAUUUAAUGCGAUUAAAACGAAUGUUUUUAAACGCGAGUGAAAUGGACGCAGAUAAAAGUGUUCCUUCAAUGUUAACUAAUUGUUUUGGUUCAAAUUAUAAAGAAAUGAGUGAAGAUUUGGAAUUCUUUAAGAGUGCUUUUGACCGUCAAUCAGCUUUAGAACAUGGAGUUAUCCAGCCGAAUAAAGGUGUUGAUGAAGAAUAUGAUUUGGCUUGUAAUGAUGUAAUUAGUUGUGAAUCUCAUCUUAAUGAAUUUCUUGAAAAAAUGAGAAGAGUGUUUAAAUGCUCGACAAUAAAAUUUGUUGGUACCGGCAGGAAUUCUUAUCAAUUAGAAAUACCCGAUGCUUUUUGUAAAUCUUUGGGUACAGAUUUUAGAUUAACAUCACAAAGAAAGGGAUUUAAACGUUAUUAUACUGACGAACUUCAACAACUUUUUGAUAAAUUAACAAAUUCUGAAACUCAACGUGAUUUAAUUAGUGCAGAAGUUACAAGACGUGUUUUUGCUGAUUUUAGUCAAAGAAAAGAUAAAUGGAAAAAUAUUGUAAAUAAUUUAGCUCAAUUUGAUUGUUUAAUUUCUUUAACGUUAUUUGCUCAAUCUUCGCCAAAGAAAAUGUGUUUCCCAGAAUUUUGUUAUGAUUCUGAAAAGCCAUUUCUGUCAAUUUCUAAAGGAUUCCAUCCUUCAUUAAUUGAUGCAGUUGGUGUUGAUUAUAUUCCAAAUGAUUGUGAACUUGGCGGUAAAAAUUCUCCUUUAAUGUUACUUACUGGUGCUAAUAUGGGUGGAAAAAGUACUUAUAUGAGACAAAUUGCUGCACUUGUUGUUAUGGCACAAAUUGGUUCAAUGGUUCCAGCAAAUUCAAUGAAAUUAACUCCAGUUGAUAGAAUAUUUUGUAGAAUUGGAGCUAGCGAUAGACUUGUUGCAGGCCAAUCCACUUUUUAUGUUGAACUUGCUGAAACAAAUAUUAUUUUAAGACAAGCUACUUCAUAUUCUUUAGUUCUAAUUGAUGAACUCGGUCGUGGAACGAGUACUUUUGAUGGUACAGCAAUUGCUUGUGCCGUUUUAAAAUAUUUAUCAACAAAAAUAUGUUGUAGAGGACUCUUCUCAACACAUUACCAUGCUUUAUGUAAAUUUGUUGCUAAUAAUCCAAAUGUUAAAUUGGGGCAUAUGGCUUGUAUGGUUGAAAAUGCAAAUUUAGAGGAUCCAACAAUGGAAGCAAUAACAUUUUUGUAUACAUUAGCUGAAGGAGCUAGUGAUAAAUCUUAUGGAUUUUAUACAGCUAAAAUGGCGGGAAUUGACGUUGAGAUUGUUAGAAAAGCUUUUGCUGCUUCCAAAAUGUUAGAGGAAAAUAAAUUAAAUUAUUAA